AUGGAAACGAUAGUGCUGUACCCAUCUCCAGCCAUGGGCCACCUUAUCUCCAUGGUGGAGCUCGGAAAAUUCAUCCUCUGUCACCACCCAUCCGCCGCCGUCACCAUCCUCACCUCCACUCCUUCCUUCAACACCGGCUCCACCGCCGCCUACAUCCGCCGCGUCUCCACCGCCGUCCCCUCCAUCACCUUCCACCACCUGCCCGCCGUCCACCUCGACCUCCAGGCAUUCCCCUCCAUGGAGGCCGUCAUAUUCGAGACCCUCCGCCUCAGCAACCCCCACGUCCGCCGCGCACUCGGCUCCAUCUCCGCCCCCGUCUCCGCCUUCGUCAUUGACUUCUUCUGCUCCUCCUCCCAGGACAUCGCCGCCGAGUUCGGCAUCCCGACCUACUACUUCGUGACCUCCGGCGCCGCCGCCACGGCGUUCUUCCUCCACUUCCCGGCCGUCCACGGCGCGACCACCGUGAGCUUCAAGGACAUGAGGGACACGCUCCUCGAUUUCCCGGGCCUGCCGCCGUUUCCGCCGUCCGACGUGGUGGAGCCGGUGCUCGAUCGGGAAGCCACCGACUACAAGAUCUUUCUAGAAUAUUCAUUCAACGUAUUAGUUUCAGAUGGAGUAAUUGUGAACACAUUCGAGAGUUUGGAGGGUAGGACUCUGAAAUCAAUAAGAGAGGGCAAAUGCAACCCGACCGGCCCAACGCCACCGGUUUUCACUGUCGGCCCGCUUCUAGCCGAGGAGGACCAAAAAACCGGCGGCCCGGCCCACGAAUGCUUGAACUGGCUCGACAAGCAGCCUAGUAAAAGCGUGGUCUACUUAUGCUUCGGCAGCUUGGGCUUGUUUUCUGAACCCCAAUUGAAGGAGAUCGCUAUAGGGUUGGAGAAAAGCGGCCACCGGUUUCUAUGGGUGGUCCGGUCGCCGCCGACCGGCGACGAGAGCGCCCGGUUCCUGCCUCCGCCGGAACCAGAUCUGGACGUCCUCCUUCCGGAGGGGUUCCUGGACCGGACGGCUGGCCGGGGCCUGGUGGUGAAGUCGUGGGCCCCACAGGUGGCGGUGCUGGGGCACGGGUCGGUGGGUGGGUUCGUGACUCACUGCGGCUGGAACUCGGUGCUGGAAGCGGUUCGGGCGGGCGUGCCGAUGGUGGCGUGGCCGCUGUACGCGGAGCAGAAGGUGAACCGGGCGGUGUUGGUGGAGGAGAUGAGGGUGGCGCUGAGGAUGGAGAUGGCGGAGGACGGGUUCGUGGCGGCAGAGGAGGUGGAGCGGCGGGUGAGGGAGCUGAUGGAGGAGGCGGAGGAGGUGAGGAGGGUGGUGGAGGAGAAGAGCUUGGAGGCGGCGGCGGCCAUGGCGGAAGGAGGUUCCUCCAUUGUUGAGCUUGGGAAGCUUUUUCAGUCAUGGAAGAAGGUGUAG